GUCAUGUGCAUAGUUCAGCAAGGCCUGAUGCCUCUUGAGCUUUUUCCUUUAUAGCACCAUUGAAUCCGUCUCUACAGAAGUACUGUGAAUUUUGUGGCCUCAUUUUGAACAAAACGGAUUAGGAAAAAAUUGCUUGAUAAUAAAAACUGUGGAAAGCCAGGGCAGGCAAUCUUGGUUGUGAAUAUUUUCUGAUUUUUCCAGAAAUCAAGCAGAAGAUUGAGCUGCUGAUGUCAGUUAACUCUGAGAAGUCGUCCUCUUCAGAAAGACCUUGAUCAACAUAUCCAAAAUGGCCUCAUGCCCAGAAGAUCAAGUUUCAAGGCCAGAGCCUCAACAGAAAGCCCCUUCUGCACCUCCACCCCCACCACCUCCACCUCUGCCAGAGCCAACACCACCAGAACCGGAGGAAGAAAUUCUGGGAUCUGAUGAUGAGGAGCAAGAAGAUCCUGCAGAUUAUUGUAAAGGUGGCUAUCAUCCAGUGAAAAUUGGAGAUCUUUUCAAUGGCCGAUAUCAUGUUAUUAGAAAGCUAGGAUGGGGACACUUCUCUACAGUUUGGCUAUGCUGGGACAUGCAGGGGAAAAGGUUUGUUGCAAUGAAAGUUGUAAAAAGUGCCCAGCAUUAUACAGAGACUGCCUUGGAUGAAAUAAAGUUGCUGAAAUGUGUUCGUGAAAGUGAUCCCAGUGAUCCAAACAAAGACAUGGUUGUACAGUUAAUUGAUGACUUCAAAAUUUCAGGAAUGAAUGGAAUACAUGUAUGUAUGGUUUUUGAAGUACUUGGACAUCAUCUUUUAAAAUGGAUAAUCAAGUCCAACUAUCAAGGCCUUCCUAUACGUUGUGUAAAAAGUAUAAUUCGACAGGUCCUUCAAGGUUUGGAUUACCUACACAGCAAGUGCAAGAUCAUCCAUACGGAUAUUAAACCAGAGAAUAUCUUGAUGUGUGUGGAUGAUGCCUAUGUCCGUAGAAUGGCUGCUGAAGCUACAGAAUGGCAGAAAGCUGGUGCUCCUCCUCCUUCUGGUUCAGCAGUGAGUACUGCCCCACAACAAAAGCCUGUUGGUAAAAUAUCGAAAAACAAAAAGAAAAAACUGAAGAAAAAACAGAAGAGGCAAGCUGAGCUGCUAGAGAAGCGCCUGCAGGAAAUAGAAGAACUAGAGCGAGAAGCUGAAAGGAAAAAAAUAGAAGAAAAUGUAACCUCAGCAUUAACAUCAAAUGAGCAAGAAGAUGAAUACCACCCAGAGGUCAAACUAAAAACAGCUGAUUUAGAGGAGGUAGCAGAUGAAGAGCCUGGGAAUGAUGAUGGAGAAGCAGAAGAUCAGGAAGAAAAAGAAGACACAGAGAAAGAAAAUACUGAAAAAGAUGAUGAUGUGGAACAGGAACUUGUCAACACUGACCCUACAGACUCUAAGUGGAUAGAAUCCCCCAAAACAAAUGGUCAUAUUAUAAAUGGCCCAUUCUUAUUGGAACAACAGAUUGAAGAUGAAGAUGAGGAAGACGAAGACUGCCCAAACCCUGAGGAGUAUAACCUUGAUGAGCCAAAUGCAAAAAGUGAUUAUUCCUAUAGUAGCUCCUAUGAACAGUUUAAUGGUGAAUUGCCAAAUGGACGUCAUAAAAUUCCUGAGUCACAGUUCUCUGAAUUUUCAGCUUCAAUGUUCUCUGGAGCAUUAGAAUCUGUAGCUUGUGGUUCAGCCCUUUCUGAGGGAUCAACAAUAACUGAAAGAGAGGAAAGCAGCCCAUCUCAUGAUAGGAGCAGAACAGUUUCAGCAUCUAGUACUGGGGAUUUGCCAAAAACAAAAACUCGUGCUGCUGACUUAUUGGUUAAUCCCCUGGAUCCAAGAAAUGCAGAUAAAAUUAGAGUUAAAAUUGCUGACCUGGGAAAUGCUUGCUGGGUGCAUAAACACUUCACAGAAGACAUCCAGACAAGGCAGUAUAGAUCCAUAGAGGUUUUAAUAGGAGCAGGUUACAGUACACCUGCUGAUAUCUGGAGUACAGCAUGUAUGCGAUGCAGGGGAACAGAUCCUGUGGUGGGUUCUGACUGGUACCGAGAGCACGGGAACUUUCUCCAAAGACAGUUGCUCUAUGCUGUCAGUUUAUUCAAGGAACUACACUACUAUGCAUUUGAGCUUGCAACUGGAGAUUAUUUGUUCGAACCACAUUCUGGUGAAGACUAUUCCAGAGAUGAGGACCACAUAGCACACAUCAUAGAGCUGCUAGGCAAUAUCCCAAGGCACUUUGCUCUAUCUGGAAAAUAUUCUCGGGAAUUCUUCAAUCGCAGAGACCACAUAGCAUUGAUCAUUGAACUGCUGGGAAAAAUCCCUCGAAAAUACGCUAUGUUGGGGAAAUAUUCCAAGGAGUUUUUCACCAAAAAAGGAGAACUCCGGCACAUAACCAAGCUGAAACCUUGGAGCCUGUUUGAUGUACUUGUGGAGAAGUAUGGAUGGCCUCAUGAAGAUGCUGCACAAUUUACAGAUUUCUUGAUUCCCAUGUUAGAAAUGGUCCCAGAAAAACGAGCUUCAGCUGGAGAAUGCCUUAGGCAUCCAUGGUUGAAUUCUUAGCAGCCUCAAAAUAUAGCGCUAAGCCAGCAACCACUUUCCAUUGCAUCAAACCUAAAUGGGGACUAUCACAAAACAGGAUCACAAAUGAGCUGGCUUCAUCCUCAGACCUUUAUUUUGCUUUGAGGUACUGUUUGACAUUUUGCUUUUUGUGCACUGUGUUCUUGGGGAAGGGUAGUCUUUUUGUCUCCAGCUAGUAGUUUACUGACCCACUUUCUUCAGAAAACACUUACCGUGUCUUUAAGCAUUGUUUCUUGUGUUGUGUGGCAUUCAAAUGUCAAUUUUUUGAACAAAAAGUACUUUUCCCCCCCCCAAUGUGUUUUGCCAGGUUUUGUAACUAUUUAUGAAAAAUAUUUUAGCUGAUGAGUAUUAUAUAAUUUACAAGCUUAAGAAAUUAUCAAAUCAGUACUGAGAAAUGGCAAGGAAUUGUACAAUUUUAUCUUCUGGCAAAGGGACAUCAUUCUUGUAUUAUAGUAUAUGUAAAUGCACCCUGUAAAUGUUUAUUUCCAUUUAAAUAUGGGAUGGGGAUUCAAUUUCAGAGUAAAGCUACUAAGUUUUAGAGAGCUUUGUAGCAUACAAAUUGCAUGUAGUGAACUUCUAACUGCUUUAAAGAGUUGUGUAAACUUUCCAUCUGCAGCAGUUCCCAUUCAUUGGAUUUUACACAAAGUGGCUCUGGUUUACAAGAUUUCAUUCCCCAAAUGGCACUUUAAAGGAAGGCUAGACUUCUUUCUACUAAAGUAUGCAUUAUCAUUUAGCACUCCCUUUUAGAACUUUUGCCUAUUUUAAGUGCUUUUAAAAGAGAAAAUAGCAAUUUCCCUUUUAAUGUGAUAGUGAAGAUAUGGUACCAGAUGGUGUUGCCUUUUUUUAAGCACUGUAAGUUGUACUAUACUAAGAGAUUAAAAGUGAGCAUGGGAAACAUUCUCUGUGUAGAGUUACUGAUCUUUUACAAAAAUGUGUGCUUGGAGUCAGAGUAGAUACAAAAGCAGUUUUGGUACAGUGCAGUCAGCACAAUUAUCUGACGGUACGGAGAGAUCAUGCUCAUUCCAUUCAUAGCUUUACAUGUUUUCUAAAACAAAUUGCACUAGCUUAACUUUUUCCCAUGAAUUAACAUAUAUAGAAAUAAGAUUUCCCUUUGUAAAUUGCACGCAAAACUUUUAAAUGUUUCCUAGAAAAAGGCUAACUAGACUCAAGACUCAUAGGCAAUACAGAUUUUAGAAUGUAAAAUAUGGAGAUGUAUUUUGGCCUCUUUUAGAAGUCAGUGGGAUGAAUGUAAGUUUAUUUCUGGUUUUACAUGUUAAUUAUGGUGCCACUUUUUCUUGACUUUGUCCAUUUGAAAUUUAUUCACAUGCCUUUGCAAUAACUAGAUUGUGAGAAGGUAGCCCUGUGUUGUAACAAUAACGAAUUGUUUGAGGUGCUUGCAGUUGUCUAAUUAAAGUGUUUUGUUUUUUCAGA